AGCUUAUCCAUGAUAUAUGGAGCUUGAGGCCCCAAGGCGCUAGCGCGAUCGCGGAGUUCCGGCAUUUCGAUCGAUCGAUCAGGGCAGAGAUACUCUGGGAGUGAUUGGAGUGUAGAAAAUUCGCUCCUGGUGGUUGGAAAAGCUUGGACCGCUCUAUUUGUAUCGCUGCUCCUCCCCGACGGGGUUAGCUACGGCGCCUUCCUGUAUGCAGUUCGAGCUCCUCCGGGUGACUAUAGUCGAAUGGCGAACGUAUCCACGGCGAAUGCUGGAUCUACUUGUUGCCAAUCAGCAGCCCCCAGGUUGGAGCAGGGAUCAUCUCUUCGGGGGGAAGUCGCGUCUGGGAUUUCUUCCUGGGCUACUGCCGAGGAAGCCAGCAUCGCCUUGAGUGCUCCAGAGAGCUACGCUUCUGUCGAGACUGUCAGCGAGCCUGUGAGCACCAUCAAAGCUCCUGCGGUGUUGCUUCUCAAGGCACAGCAGAGCCAUCCUCUGGAUCCGCUCAGUCCGGCUGAAAUUAAAGUCGCCACCGAGACUGUGAGAGGUGCUGGAAAAUCUGCUGAAAUUCGUGAUGCUAUGAGAUUUGUUGAGGUGGUUUUGAAUGAACCCGAAAAAGAUGUGGUCGCGCUGGCUGACGCACACUUUUUUCCUCCUUAUCACCCGGCUCAAGGCUUGCGUACAACUGCGAAGGGAUUGCCCCUGAUUCCUUUCCAGCUUCCUCCUAGACAAGCAAAACUUACAGUCUACAAUGUCGCCAGCAACGAGACGAGCAUCUGGAUUGUGGAGCUGACGGAAGUUCAUGCUUUGACUCGAGGUGGACAUCGCAAAGGGAAAGUUAUCUCGUGUGAAACAUUGACCGAUGUUCAGCCGGCUUUUGACGCCGAAGAGUAUGCUCUGUGCGAGGCAGCCAUCAAGGCGUUCAAGCCGUUUGUGGAAGCCGUGAAAAAGAGAGGUAUAGAAAACAUGGAUCUGGUUAUGGUUGACCCAUGGUGUGUCGGGUACUUUGGCGAACGGGAUGCUCCAAGCAAAAGGCUUGCAAAGCCACUGAUAUUUUGCAGAACCGAGAGCGACUGUCCGAUAGAGAAUGGGUAUGCGCGACCGCUCGAAGGCAUACACAUUCUUGUGGACCUCCAACACAUGAGAAUUCUCGAGUUUGAGGACCUCGAGUUCGUUCCUUUGCCUCCGCCGGAUCCGCUGAGGAACUACACGCCGUCACAUAUUCGAGGGGGGCUCAGAAGUGACUUGAAGCCGCUAAAGAUCAUGCAACCAGAUGGUCCGAGCUUUCGUGUUGAUGGAUACCACGUUGAGUGGCAGAAGUGGAACUUUCGCAUUGGAUUUACUCCGCGAGAAGGACUUGUGAUUCAUACAGUUGCUUAUGAUGAUGGAAGCAGAGGAAGGAGGUCCGUCGCGUAUCGGCUGAGCUUUGUGGAGAUGGUUGUUCCGUAUGGAGAUCCAUUAGAGCCGCACUACAGAAAAAAUGCAUUUGACGCAGGGGAAGACGGGCUUGGAAAGAACGCGCACUCACUCAAGCUGGGCUGCGAUUGCUUGGGACAUAUCAAGUACUUCGAUGCGUUUUUGACAAACUACCGGGGCAGCGUGGAGAAGAUUGAGAAUGCGAUCUGUAUGCACGAAGAAGACCAUGGGAUUCUUUGGAAGCAUCAGGACUGGCGCUCGGGACUCUCUGAAGUUCGACGAUCGAGAAGGCUAACUGUGUCCUUCCUUUGCACAGUUGCAAACUACGAAUAUGGCUUCUACUGGCAUUUCUACCAGGAUGGAAAAAUAGAGGCUGAGGUGAAGCUCACGGGGAUUCUCAGCCUGGGAGCACUUCGUGCUGGAGAAAUCAGGAAAUACGGGACUGUUAUAGCUCCUGGUUUAUAUGCUCCAGUUCACCAGCACUUUUUCGUGGCCAGAAUGAAUAUGGCUGUCGACUGCGUCCCUGGAGAACAAGCAAACCAGGUUCUUCAUUCAUUAUCCAUCGCUUGUUGGUUUUUCACCCGCGAUUGUUUGCAGGUUGUGGAAGUUAACGUUCUCUCGGAGAAAGCAGGCUCGGACAAUCCUCACAAUAACUCGUUUUACCCGACCGAGACUGUGCUAAAGUCUGAGUUACAGGCUCAGCGAGACUGCAACCCUCUCUCCGCUCGCCAUUGGAUUGUCCGGAACACCCGAAGUUUCAAUAGAAUGGGCCAGCUGACGGGCUACAAGCUUGUUCCAGGCUCGAAUUGCCUACCCCUCGUAGGCGAGAACGCCAUGAUGCUCCGACGAGCAAAGUUUCUCCACCACAACCUGUGGGUGACCAGCUACAGCCCCGACGAGCGAUAUCCCGGCGGAGACUUCCCAAACCAGAAUCCUCGAGUUGGAGAGGGACUGCCUACAUGGACGAAGCGCGAUAAAAACCUGGAACAGGCCGAUAUAGUGCUAUGGUACACUUUCGGCGUGAUCCACGUACCAAGGCUGGAAGACUGGCCUGUGAUGCCUGUGGAACACCUUGGAUUCUCGCUCGCGCCUGUGGGAUUCUUCAAUUGUAGCCCAGCAAUCGAUGUUCCCCCAAGUGAGCAUCAAGCCAAUGCUGCCAAAGAGGAUGUUGCUGCUGUUGUGAAACCCGCUGCUACAACAAGUAUGGUAAUCUCGAAGCUGUGAAUGAAAGUAGCUGUGUUCUAUAAGCUUUUAAAUCAAAAGAUUGCGCGAAGGUUAGUUUUA